AUGAAUAAUAAAUACCAUCCAACUAUAUAUCAAUAUGCUAUCGUAAAAAACAGCAAAUCACGUAUGAUGAGGCGACAGAGAGAGCGUACUGCAUGGAACAGAAAAAGAAAUAUGAUCAUUGGAGCAUGUCUGCUGACAUUAGCAUGCCUAUCGAUGGUUAUACUAUUUCCAGUCCUCGACAUCUCAAAUUUUCGAUUUUCAUACAUGCCUCAAGAAGUGUCUACUGAGACACCUCGGCAGCAUGUAGACACCAGCAUGCCAACCACUGUAGAUCAUGCUCUUAUUAGCCCAGUUAAUACCUGCUCUUCUGAUUCAUUCACUGGACACCAGCUCAAUAGUUAUCAUACUGCCAAUGAUCUUUCCGAACCACCAUCACACGAAUUGAUUGAGUUUCAAGGUGCAACCAAGACUGGAGGCAUUGGAGAACAAUGUCCAAAUCCAAACUACAUUGCAUCGAACCGUGCUGUUGAUGUUCCUGCAACAGAAGAAAGAAACUAUCCUGUGGGAUUUUAUACCAACGGCGAAGACGUAUAUUCAAAGGCCUUGGAAGAGUAUUACAAAUCUCGAUCUCUCAAUGCUUUUCUCAGCUCGAUGAGUCCAAAUUUAGCUUUCCAGAGCCUAGACAGUCACCAACGUCUUUUCAUGGAAAGCCUAAAAAGGCUAUUUGAGGACUUGGAUCAUCUAAACACAGUCGCCAGUGGUGAUAUAUUGACAUUAAAACUUCAAAGAAUCACAAGCUUCUUUGAUACUAUUGAUAUUAAAAAUAUGAAAGACAGAGAACAUGUCUUAGACUUUUUGAAUUCAGAGUAUGGUCUGAAGGACCUGGAAAUUGAAAACAUCCAUGAGUUUUCUGUCUUUAAGGUGGCAUAUGAUGGAGCUUUAUAUGUCUUGAAGCAGAUAGGAUGCUCAAAAGGCUAUGAAAAGUUCCAUUCAAAUGAUCUGCUUGCCAAGGAUAUUGAUUCUCCUAAUGUUGCAAAAAUCCUACAUGUGUUUGAAAGAAGUACUUCACCAAAACCCGGUGAGGCUGAGGAUAAAGAUAUCUGGUACCUUUCUGAGUAUCUUGAUAUUAGCCUUGACAGCAACUAUGUCAAGCAAAAUGGGGUUGCUAUGAUAAGAAAGAUAGCAAGAGAUGUGCUCAUGGGAUUGAAAGCACUCCAUGAGAAGAACAUAGCUUAUAACAAUAGCAUAAGUGAUAGUAUUAGAGGAGCAUUGGAAAUCAAGGAAGAUGGAAAUUGGGAUAUUACCUUCAAACUUAUAAAUCUAGGGCGGGAGCCAGAGCUUGUGAAGUAUCAAGACCCAGUUGGAAGGUUUUUUGGGUGGAGCUGCUGCAAUUCUGAUUUUGAGCAGUUUGGACAUAUGCUCCACAAAUUAAGCAAUAAGAUCGGACAGUCCACUACAACUACUAAACCUAUAAAAGUUGAGCUACGUGCGCCGGGCCAGCUCUUCUUUAGUCAAUUCAUGGGGUUUUUGACUCGGGAUGAAAAGCUCAUUGAUCUGAUCCUCGUCUGCAAAGGAUAUACUAAAUACCCGCCUCAAAGCAUUGAUGAUGUGCUAAGCCACCAAUUCUUCACAGGCGAAGAGCUGUGUCUUGAUUACGAUCGGUUUGGAAGGCGGUAUUAUCUCAUUUGA